CGCUUCGCAAUGACGAUAAAAUCGUUCAACUUGGUGGAAAAGGGUCCCAAAUGGGGCAUUCGCCAUGUGCAAGUGCUGUUCCUUUUCAUAUGCUCCACCUUGGUCGUGGCUCAAAGGUUCAACAUGAGCGUGGCCAUUGUGGCCUUCACAAAUGCCAAUAGUAGUAACCCAAAUUUUCCGGAAUAUCGUUUGACGGAGCAGCAGAAGUCCUACCUCCUUAGUAGUCCCUUUUGGGGUUCUUGCUGCACUCAAAUGAUGAGUGGCUAUCUCUCAAGUCGCUUUGGAGCCAAGCUCAUGCUCCUGGGCAUCAUGCUAAUUACCGCCCUACUCAGCAUUAGCACUCCUUUUGCUUUGGCCUGGGGCGGCUGGCAGCUGCUCUUCUGGGUGCGUUUGGUGCAGGGUCUCGCGAUGGGAGGCAUGUGGCCGUGUCUGUACACUCAUCUGGCCAAGUGGUGCCCAAAGGAGGAAGCAAAUCGAAUGGGCGGUGUCAUGACAACGGGCUUAGAUUGCGGAACCAUUAUGGGAUUCGCCUUGAGCGGAGUACUGUCGGCAUCUCCACUUGGCUGGCCCAGCACCUUCUAUGUGCCAGGAUAUCUGGGGAUUAUGUGGUGUCUGCUUUUCCUGCGUUAUGGUGCCAACAGCCCAUCAGAAUCAAGAUUUAUUUCACUGAUAGAGCGCAAAUUGGCACUGGAGCAGAGUCAGGUCCCACGGGGUGAGACUCCGCCGGUACCCUGGCUUCGCAUCCUUACCUCACGUCCUUUUAUCGUGCUGGCUCUUUCCAAAAUGAGUCAGGCAUGCAGCUUCUAUACGCUGAUGCAACAGAUUCCGCGCUACAUCCACGGCAUCUUCCACUACAGUAUUAGGGUUAAUGCCCUACUCUCUGCUGUGCCCUUUGUCGUCAUGCUAAUGUCCUCUUAUGGAUUCAUUUUCCUGGCUGAAUACUUGACCAGACAUCGAGAUAUACCCUUGCCUAUCCUUCGGAAGACGAUCAAUUCAUUUGCCACUUGGACUCCAGCAGUGGCACUUGUGAUCUUAUCCUAUCUCAGCGAUGAGAAUGUGGUGGGCAGUAUGUGCUGCCUUGUGGCAGCAACAGCUGCCAUUUCUGGACAGGCUAUCGGAAGUUCCCUCAACCACGUGGACUUGUCACCAAAUUUUGCUGGCCUCCUUUUCGGUAUCAGCAAUACAUUGAUGUCUGCAGCUGGGGUAAUAUCACCCAUCAUUAUUGGACUGACCGUUACCAAUGAGUCAGAUCGGACGCAGUGGAGAUCUGUUUUCCUUGGCAUCUCUGUGAUUCUGUUCCUGGGCAACUUGUUAUAUGUGAUCUUUGGUCAAAUGACUGCCCAACCAUGGAAUGAUUUCCAAUCCAAAGAGACUACUACUCAAGCAUCGCCAAAAACCUUACAGCCUACCACAGCUCCCGAAGAAACCUUUUCAGUGGAAAAAUUUAACUAUUUUUAA